AUACAAUAAUAACGGGUGAUUUUUUUGAGGUUAGGAUUUUCAUGCAUUAGUAUUUGACAGAUCACGUGGGAUUUCAGACAUGGUGUCAAAGAGAAAGAUGCUCAGUAUGCUUUGACAUUUCAUCAUGAAUAGACUUACUAACGAGCAACGCUUGCAAAUCAUUGAAUUUUAUUACCAAAAUCAGUGUUCGGUUCGAAAUGUGAAAAUCCGCUUUUUUAUCGACAAAUUUUGUUCAGCGAUGAGGCUCAUUUCUGGUUGAAUGGCUACGUAAAUAAGCAAAAUUGCCGCAUUUGGGGUGAAGAGCAACCAGAAGCCGUUCAAGAACUGCCCAUGCAUCCCGAAAAAAUGCACUGUUUGGUGUGGUUUGUACGCUGGUGGAAUCAUUGGACCGUAUUUUUUCAAAGAUGCUGUUGGACGCAACGUUACGGUGAAUGGCGAUCGCUAUCGUUCGAUGCUAACAAACUUUUUGUUGCCAAAAAUGGAAGAACUGAACUUGGUUGACAUGUGGUUUCAACAAGAUGGCGCUACAUGCCACACAGCUCGCGAUUCUAUGGCCAUUUUGAGGGAAAACUUCGGACAACAAUUCAUCUCAAGAAAUGGACCCGUAAGUUGGCCACCAAGAUCAUGCGAUUUAACGCCUUUAGACUAUUUUUUGUGGGGCUACGUCAAGUCUAAAGUCUACAGAAAUAAGCCAGCAACUAUUCCAGCUUUGGAAGACAACAUUUCCGAAGAAAUUCGGGCUAUUCCGGCCGAAAUGCUCGAAAAAAGUUGCCCAAAAUUGGACUUUCCGAAUGGACCACCUAAGACGCAGCCGCGGUCAACAUUUAAAUGAAAUUAUCUUCAAAAAGUAAAUGUCAUGAACCAAUCUAACGUUUCAAAUAAAGAACCGAUGAGAUUUUGCAAAUUUUAUGCGUUUUUUUUUUUUUAAAAAGUUAUCAAGCUCUUAAAAAAUCACCCUAUAUUAAAUGGAAUCGAUACAACUCACUUUAUCAUCACGCAAGGGGGUUUUUGGGGGGUAUAAUAUAUACAUAUGUAUGUGUAAAUGUAUAUAUGAGCUUUAUCGCCAAUCCCUGCUUUCCUCUUCUGCUAUGAAUCCAACUGGCUGGCUUCUUCGUUUCUCCCUUUUCUUUCUCUUUUUUCUCCUUCUGUGCUCCAACUCCUCCUCGUACUGUUUUGUUGGUUUGUAUAUUUGUUUUAAUUUUUCGCGCCCGUUUGAUCCGUUUUUGCGUAUGUUUUAUUAUUUAGGUGCUUUUACAUUUCGCGCCCGAUUUCCUUUUUUUUUUGGUUACAUUUCGCGCUCGUAUGUAUGUUUAUUGUUUUUAUUUUUGUUGUAUAUAUGGCUGUUGUUUGUGCGUUAAAUAAUUUUUAUAGGAAUUUUUUUGUUAGUGUCACUGCGCUGCUCUUUUUUGGUUUUGUGAUGCAGCGCUCUGGACGGUCGAGGAUUCGAAUUAACGCGCACAGGAUCGGUGAAAUGUUUUACUGUAGAAUAGCGUAAGUUGUUAUCGCGACGCAGUGUAUCGAACGAAUGUAGAUGUGCGAACUGUAUGUGACGAAUUGUUUUUAACGAAUGUUUUGAAUCUGCUUAGGAGACCAUCCUUUAUGCUGAGUGGGUGGAUGUACAAGUGUGGUGAGUUGUCUUGUGUAUGAGUGUGGUGUCGUCAAGUAUUAGUGUGUGGUAGUUUUUCCGGUUAAAGUGGGGGGAUGCUUUACUCAUUUUAGUUAAUUACCUACCCAAUUUAUUGGGGAAUACAACACACUCGCGCGAGUGUUUAAAAUGGAAAAAAGUUAUUUAUUUAACAGGCACAAUUUAUUUAAAGUAAUCGUUUGUUUACAGAAUGCUUUGCGAAACUAUAUGUAUGUAUGUAUAUAGGUAGAAGAGUUGGAUCGCUGUCGGCGCGGAUGGAACGAUGACGAUCGAAAAGAAGUGGGAACUCCGCGGCGCAGUAUAGAAGCGAAAGUAUGAAAGUUGUGGCUGGGCGGCUUGUGUAGAACGAAUUGAACAUCGAAUUGUAUCUGCUUUCUCCUUGUCCAUCCUUUUCGAUGAGUGAGUGUGUAGGUAUGGUGAGUUGUGUUGGUGUCAUCAGAUGGUGAAUUGAGCUGUCUUUUAUUAGUGUGCGCCAGUUGUCCCGGAUAGAGUGGGGGCAGGCUGAACUCAUUUAAACAUCCUGGGCCCCCUAGGCGAAUAUUUUGCCUAGUAUGCUGUAAUUUGGCGUACUGCUAUUUGAGUAGCCGAGGCGCAGAAUACAUUCUGACAGCAGAAGUAUUGGAUGAUGGAGUUUUAAUAUACUCUCGUUUAUCCGGGUGUGCAGACAACGGAUUUCGAUUUAAACAUAACACAUGUAUUUGGAUGCAUUUUAAUUUGCGUGCAGGUAUUUGAGAAAAGCAACUUUAUUUUGAGUUUUCGGUUUUGACUCAUUAUUGUAGCAAACAAAAGUAUGCGCUGUUUGCUUUUGUUUAUUUCAGUAGCGGUUAUUUGACAAUUGUCUAUUAUUUGUCUGUUCUUUAUUAUCGGCUUAUGAAGGAUAGUAACCCCACGCCUGGCUCAGAUAUGGCCAGAAUGGGUACUCCUUAGCUCUGGAGUUAGGACUGUGACAAAGGAGGGAUCUUGCGAGAGAGUGGCCGGUAAUUGCGAACGGCUUCAUUGGAAUUAUAAUUUUUUAAGUGGUAUGUGAUUCUAACCAACUACCCUUAUGAGAAGCGCUAAUGUAGGUGCGAUAAGAGCUACCUUUGCUUUUGUUAAGUCUAGGUGCGUCACAGUAUUGCAUUGGGAGUAUGGUGAUCCCUUAACUUGCUUUUGAGAUUUUAUUUAUUUGAAAAUUUAAUCCUCUGUGGGGCAAUAUUGUAUGAAAAGUGUCAAUUUUGGUUUUUUUUUUUUUGACUUUUUGAGACACUUUUUUUUAUAUGUUUAGGAGCGUAUGCACUAAUUUGACGUUUAGUACCGCGCCACAUAGUUUGAGAUUUUUUAAGCAGGUUUCUUGUAUCAUUAUUGGCAAAAGCCAUCCUGCGGGGUCGAAAAGUUACGAACAUAUCUUUUUGUUUCUAUAUGAAGUUGUCAGGGGGAAUCUGACUUUGUUUUUUCUACCAUUAUGUGGGGUAUUCGAAAAUUGUGGCUCUUGUGGUUGUCGUACGACGUACCGGCCAUUAUUUGAUCGAGUAAUUGUGACUUUAGAGCAGUCUUCACAAUACUGAUCUUCUACAGUUUGAAAUUUCCUUAAUUGUGAAUUAAGGUAUUUAUUUGUAUUGUACUCAACUUGAGUUGGUGUGGUCGUAACUAGUUCUGUAACUACGUCAUACAGGACGAAUGCCUUCCUCCAACAGAAUGGCGACUAGGCCGCAUUGAAAAGGUUCAUCGAGGAUCAGAUGGUCACAUAAGAGUAGUCGAUGUGCGAACCCAAACCGGCAUAUUAACUCGACCAGUCACCAAACUGUGUUUUCUUCCAAACAGCGAAGAACACCUUCAAACUAAACCGCAAAAUAACUCGCAAAAUUAAACGAAAAAUAAUAAAUCAAUUCCGCUAAUUCGAAAUUAACACGCGUUAUAAUCCGUACACAAACAAAAAAUAAAUUCAAACAAGCGCGUUGAAGACCAACUUAUUACACAUAUACAUAUGUAUAGAUAUGUAGCUACAACAACUACAUUCUAAUAUUAUAAACAAAAUCAAUUUAAUUACAAUUCUAUAUUCCCAUAGAAAUGGACGUAGAGGAGACCCAAACCGCCUCCAACACCGUAAGGUCCGAAAUCGCUAUACCCAAAGCGUCGGCUGCACCCGUUGCCGCUCCAAGGACCAGGGUUAUGCGACCACCGCCAUCCGCCGAAGCAGUCAGGGAGAUGAGAGAAGAGCAGCUAUUGCAGCCACAGGGGCCUCCAUGUUGCAGCCUGUGCCAUCGCCCACACGCCCUGAAACGAUGCUCCAUUUUUAAGAGCAUGAAGCCCGCUCAAAGAAAACAGGUUGCAAGAGCCCAUGGGCAUUGCAUGACCUGCCUGGCAGAUGACCACGCCACCAUAGAGUGCUGGGCCGACGGCGCCUGUCAAUAUUGCCAGAGGCCCCAUCACACUCUAUUCCAUCGUUUUCCGCGCCGAGCCAAUCCGUCGGAAAGUAGCACCAACACACGUACCAGACCACGCACCAAUGCUAUCCGGCGUCGACGAAGCAGCCAAUCAACCACAACACGUAGACGGCCAUCUCCGCCACGCCACACUCAUCGUCAGCAACAACAACGCUCAACAGGGUUGAGCGCUGUACUAAACACAUUGCAACAGCUGCAGAGGCUCCUAGCCGAUUAACUCGCCUAGGGGGGCCGGGAUGUUCACAUGAGUUAUGAACUGCAACAUCUCACAUCGCAUCACCACACAUCACAUCACGUCACGUCACACCACCUCAUCACACAACAGUUCAGCACACACCACUACACACACACGCAUCAAACACAGUACCUGACACCGCUCACUAUUACAACACAACAACCACACGAUCAUUAGCGAGACGACUCGGAUUAAUUUAAUAUUCACCACCCAAACCAUCAAAAGGGAUUGAUUCGACCGGCAUUAUCUUCUUACCGUUUUCAUCCGUGAAACAAGGCAGUCGUUCGCGAUAUUCUUUUUUUAAUUCGCACCGCAACAAACCGCAAUUUAAUUUUUCCUCCAACAAACCGCCAAGUGACGGGAGUGACGCACCCAACGAGUUCGCCUUUCGCCAACAGUGUGCAGCAGUGGGUUUCAUAUACAAAAGACUAAACAACUAAUAAAAAGUGUACCGAUCCAUAUAGGAUAAACUGAAUAAAUACAACGAUAAAUUUAACGAGUGUGAAAAUUAAAAAUCAGUGCAUUUUAUUUAUUAUCCAGCUCAUAAGUAUACUAAAUAUAUUUAUAUACCAAGUAAGUAUACUAGUAGUGGCACACGUUAC